AUGAGUUCGAAAGGAUCUUCACGCUCCUCUGAGGAAAUGAACAUCUUUCGUAUUGCACCGUAUUACUAUAUUCACGUCAUGGAUCUGAAUACCAACGUGACGCGAGUAGUAAACGGACCAAAGACUUACAUACGACAGGAUAAUGAGAAAGUAAUUUUUGGACCGGAAAAGAUGGUCACAGUACCUCCACGUCAUUACUGCAUUGUCGAGAGCCCUGUCGUACGUAAUAAAGAUGGCAAUGUGGUUUUUGAUACCUACGGGCAAGCUAAGCUACGACACGCAGAUCUUGAAAUUCGCUUUUCUCAAGAACCAUUUCCGCUUUACCCUGGAGAAGUUUAUAAACAAGCUCCCAAACCGCUUAUGGUUGUCGCUGCGAACUCUGCUAUUAGACUUAAAGCUAUUUUAGAUUUUGAAGAAGAGGGAACAAAAGUGAACCGUGUAGCCGGGGACGAAUGGCUAUUUGAAGGGCCAGGGACUUAUAUGCCAAGAAAGGAAGUAGAAGUAAUCGAACCCGUUCGUGCUACUAUAAUUCAGCCGAAUCAGGCAAUCAAGCUGAGAGCUCGUAAACAAACUACGGAUCGAAACGGUGUCGAGCGCGUCACCGGUGAAGAAUGGACGGUUAAAAAAGUGGGUGCUUACUUACCCGGUGCAUAUGAAGAAGUAAUGGGAACAUUAGAUGCCUACGUCUUGACUGAAAAGAAAGCACUUCACCUGCGUGCUAUGCGCACUUUCCGUGAUUGCUUCGACAUAGAAAGAAAAAAUGGUGAGGAAUGGCUUGUUACCAUGGUUGAAUCUGAAGCUUAUAUACCUGAUGUUUACGAAGAGGUUGUAGGAGUGGUAGAUAUCACUACCUUAACCAAUCGACAGUAUGCAGUUAUCCUAGAUCCCGUCGGCGCCAACGGGAAACCACAACUUGGUCAAAAAAAGCUAAUCAAAGGUGAAAAGUCGUUUUUCUUACAACCAAAUGAACGCCUUGAGAGUGGAAUUCAAAAUGUGUAUGUUCUUGGUGAAGAUGAAGGAUUGAUACUUAAGGCUAAAGAAGAAUUUCUUGAUACAGAAGAUAAUAAGACCCCUCGUAAGCCUGGUGAUAGGUGGAUGAUCCGUGGUCCUAUGGAAUAUGUACCACCAGUUGAGGUUGACGUUGUAUCGAAAAGGAAAGCUAUUCCUCUGGAUGAAAAUGAAGGUAUUUAUGUCCGCGACGUAAAAUCAGGCAAGGUUAGGUCUAUAUGCGGCAAAACUUAUAUGCUUUCUCAAGAUGAGGAAUUAUGGUCUAAAGAAUUACCACCAACUGUCGAAGAGUUGUUAAUUAGCAAUAAAGACCCACUUGCCGACAGAGGAAACUAUGCAACCAAAACUUCUUCAGCUAAACGUGACAAAACUAAGGUUGUCACGUUCAGAGUGCCACAUAAUGCGGCGGUACAAAUUUAUGAUUAUAAGGAAAAAAAAGCGAGGGUAGUUCUUGGACCAGACUUGGUCAUGCUCCGCCCCGACGAACAGUUUACGCAGAUUAGCUUAUCUGGUGGUAAACCGAAAAGACCUAACCAGAUUAAAUCCUUAUGUCUUUUACUGGGGCCGGAUUUCUGUACUGAUGUGCUUACUAUUGAAACAGCAGAUCACGCCAGGCUGCAAUUACAGUUGGCUUAUAAUUGGCAUUUUGAAAUAUCUGAUAAAACUCAAACUAGUUUAGCAAAGCUUUUUGCAGUCCCGGACUUUAUUGGAGAUGCUUGUAAAGCGAUUGCAUCAAGAAUUCGAGGGGCAGUUGCCAGUGUACAAUUUGAUGAUUUCCAUAAGAAUUCGGCAAAAAUCAUCUGUGCUGCAGUUUUUGGAUACGAUAGCGAUCGGAAGCUUGGUAGUCGUUUUAUCUUUCCUGCUAAUAACUUAGCAAUUACAAGCAUAGAUAUACAGUCUGCAGAACCAGUAGAUCAAAGAACCAGAGAUGCCCUUCAAAAAUCUGUACAGUUAGCUAUUGAAAUUACAACAAAUUCCCAGGAGGCUGCAGCUAGGCAUGAAGCUCAAAGACUCGAGCAGGAAGCGAAGGGUCGUUUGGAGCGGCAGAAGAUAAGCGAUGAGGCGGAAGCUGAGAGAUCUAGGAAAAAUCUCUUAGAAUUACAGGCUCAAAGCGCUGCUGUAGAGUCUAGUGGUCAAGCGAAAGCCGAGGCUCAGUCUAGAGCUGAAGCAGCUAGAAUUGAGGGCGAAGCCGCAGUUGAACAAGCAAAACUCAAAGCCGAAGCCCUAAAUAUCGAAACGACAGCUGAACUCGAACGUUUGACUCACGCUCGCGAAGCCGAAAUUAAAUACGUUAGAGAGCAAAAUGAAUUGGAAAUUUCAAAAUCCAAACAAACUGCUAUUAUCGAAGUCGAAAAAUUCGGAAAUAUGGUUAAAAGUAUUGGCUCUGAAACUCUACGUGCAAUUGCAGUUGCUGGGCCAGAAAAUCAGGUUAAGCUUCUGCAGUCUCUUGGAAUACAAUCGACUCUGAUUACUGAUGGUUCUAACCCAAUUAACCUUUUUAACACUGCAUCUGGAUUAAUCGGUGCAGUUGAACCGCCACUAAAGCGAGAAAAGCUACAGUAG